AUGACGACAUUUACACUCAGUACAACUCAAAAGAACAAGCCUUUGUUACUAUGUAAAGGCUUUACUCACACCUUGGAUAAAACAAGUGAUGAUAAAACUUAUUGGAAAUGUGAACAUGCUCAAACUCUUAAGUGUAAAGGUCGAGCUCACACUAAUUAUAUUAAUACAAUAAUGUUAUACGAAACUGAUAAUCACAAUCAUCCAGAAAGUGCUGUUUCCAGUGCAAUUCGAAUAUUUGAAGAAAAAAUUCGGCGUGCUGUUCAUUGUAAUGAAACUACACAAAGUAUUAUUGAUAAUCGUUUAACGAAUUUAUCGGACGCAGCUGUAGCUCGUCUACUAUGGAAUCCUAAAUCCAUAAUGAUGGAUUUUGAAAGAGCUGCCAUUAAUGCAUUUGGAGGUAGUUUUACAACGACAACAAAUCCUUCAACAAUGUCGGGUUGCUUUUUCCAUUUACAAAAUAAUAUUCAACAUAAAGUUCAAGAAUUGGGUUUAAAAACAAAUUAUGAACAAGAUCCUGUAUUCGCACAUAAUGUCAGUAUAAUUGCUGCUCAUGCAUUUCUUCAACCAGCAGAUGUUAGUCAAGGUUUUGACGAUCUUCAUAAUUCAUCACCACCAAUGCUUCAUCCACUACUUGAUUAUUUUGAAGACACUUAUAUAGGCAGACAACGGUCACAAGGACGAUCCAAACCCAUGUUUUCAGUUGAAUUCUGGAAUAUGCAUCAACGAACAACUGAUCUUUCCAUGCGCACGAAUAAUUCAGCUGAAGCUUGA